AUGGAUCCGUUCAGCAUCACCGCUGGUGCUAUUGGAAUUACAGGUUUCGCUUUAUCCAGCAUCAGUAAUCUUCGGCGUAUUAUCGAUGGCCUUGAGGAAGCAAACGAUGUGAUGCAGGAUGUUACAUCCAACUUAGAAGCCAUACAGCUUCCGCUUUCCGCUCUCGAGAAUCUUCGGAUUUCCGAUAGAACAACCUGUGACGAAACGAAAGAGGAUUUGAAGAAGACUGGGGUCGCUGAAGCCGUGAAUAACUGUGGGCAGGCAUGCGCGGGGUUUUCAAAGAAACUUGAGCAGUGGACGAAGCAUUCCAAUACUACGAAGCUUUCCCUCAGGGAUCGACUAUCAGUCGGCUUGUGGAACAAGGAAAAAAUUCAGACAUUCAGGACGCAGGUUCUUUCUUGUCAGGCUAUCGUCCAGUUCGCCAUAGACAGCGCCCACUUGCUUAUCCUGGUCCGAUCCGAAAGUGCGUCUAAAACUGCUCGGCAAGAUACAGAGAAGCAGCUUCGAGUUCUCGACGCUGCUAUCAAGGAGCAUAUCGAACUCACAAAGAGAAAGCAAGACGAAACCUUGCGACGCAAGAAGGAACUUGAAAGUCCCGGGGACGAAGAUGAGGAUGAGGACGGCGGCGCUCAGCGAACUCUAGCGAUCCAAGAGACUGAAGAGCAAUCACGCGUACUGCAAGCCGAGCAAACUGCCUCUAGGACUGUGUCCCAAAUACUUUCGAAAUUAUCCGUCCCGCAGGUCACCAACACAUACCACACUGAUUUUUCAGGUAGCCACAAUAUGGGCUUCCAGUUCGGUCACAAUACCGGUACGAUCAAUUGGACUAGUGGUCGCAGCUAA